CCCAAGGCCCAGGGGGCACCGGGGGACCCCCAACCCUGGGGACAAGGGAUGUCCCCAAUGCCACAUGGGGACCCCAGGGCUGUGUCCCCCUCUCCUGAUAUCCCCACAGCCCUGGCUCGGGUCCCUGCAGCCAUCCUGGAGUCCGGGAGCAGCGAGGAGGAGGAGGAGGAGGAUGAAGAGGAUGAAGAGGAUGAAGAGGCAGCUCCUGGACAGCACCUGCCCCUGGAUCCGGUGCCAGGUGAUUCCGAGGCUCGGCUGGCCCAGCUGGAGCAAGCGUCGCAGGCGCUGCUGGCCGAGCUGGCGGCGCUGGACGCGCAGGUGGAGCUGGAGCAGCGGUGCCAGCAGCGAGCCCAGACCUUCACUGCCCAGCUGGGGACGGGGACAGGACCCCAAAAUUGUCCCUUUGUGGGGACAAAGGUGAAGCAGGAGAACGUGCAGCUGGAGAGGCUGAGCCUGGCCAGGACCCCCGAGGGGACCCCUGAGGUGACCCCAGAGGAGGUGACACCCCCAGAGCUGCCCCUGGAGGAGUCCCCUGCCCCUGCCCAGCCCCCAGUUUCAGCUCCCCAGGAUCUCUCCCAGCUCCUGGAACAGCAUCGGGAUCUCCAGAUCCAGCUGCAGCAUCUGCAAACACAGUUGGAGCUGGAACGGGCGGAGCAGCAGCGCCUGCGGGCGGCCCUGAGCGCGAGCCAGAGAGCCCUGAGGUCCUUCAAGAGAGUGUCCCAGAUUGUCACCCAGGAUUACUGCCAGGCCCUGGAGCAGCUGGAGCUGGAGCAGGACCUGCGCUGCCACGCCGAGGCCUUCGCCCACCAGAUGCUGGUGCAGCAGAAGGAGGCGAAACGCCAGAGCUCCAUCCUGCUCAGGAACGCCGGGCCCGAUUCCCAACUCCUGGAAGCGCUUCAGGAAUUGGGAAAACUCAGCCGGGAGCUGGAGGAGACGCGGCGGGAGCGGCGGGAGCGGGAGGAGCAGCUGGAGGAGCAGCGGGAGCAGCUGGAGCGGAGCCGGGCAGAGCUGCGGGAGGAGCGGGAGGAGAAGCGGGAGCUGAGGGAGAGGCUGGGAGUGAUGGAAAAGGAAGUGGGAUCCCUCCGGGAGCAGCUGGAGUCACCUCGGAGCCACCCCCAGGUGCCACCACCGCCACCGCUGCCACCGCCCGCUGCCACCGCUGUCCCCGCCGACCCCCUGGCCGCCCUCAGGCAGAGGAAGGCGCCGAAAAACCGGGAGAGAACAGGUGACCCCGGAGCCGAUGACAUCCGAGCCAGGGCCGUGCAGGAGAUGCUGGAGCGGAUCCGCAGCGGGAUCGUCCUGAGGCCGGCCCGGGAGCGGCCACACCUGCGCCAGAACUCCGUGACCAAGCGGCGGAGCGCGGUGCUGGAGCUGCAGGGGAUCCUGGGUGCCACUCGCCGGCCGAGCCGCAGGCGGAGCGGGAGGAGCCGGGAGCCGCAGCGGGAGGAGCUGGGAUCGAUCCUGGAGCGGCGGCGCCGGGCCCUGGACGCUUCCUUGGGCAAUUCCACGGGAAAUGAUUCCACGGGAAAUGAUUCCAUGGAGAAUAAUUCCAUGGGAAAUGAUUCCACGGGGAAUUCCAGGGCAGCACAGGAGCGGGAUGGAGCUGGGAUGAGGCUGGACACGGGAAAUCGGGACCGGGACAAGGACAAGGACAAGGACAAGGACAAGGACAAGGACAAGGACAUGGACACGGGCAGUGUCCCCUUCCGGCCCCGGGGCCUUGGUGGCCUCCCCAGGACGCGUCCCCUCCCCCGCCGGGCUGGGGACAGCGCUUAGGGACUUCAUUUAGCGGGAUGUCCCUGAUUUAUGUCCCGGGAUAUCCCUGUUUUAUUUCCCGGGAUUUCCCAGCUUCAUUCCCGGGAUUUCCCUGCUUUAUUUCCCAGGAUUUCCCUGCUUCAUUCCCGGGAUAUCCCUGAUUUAUUUCCCGGGAUUUCCCUGAUUUAUUUCCCGGAAUUUUCCUGCUUCGUUUUCUGUUUUUCCUGCCUUCAUUCCCGGGAUUUUUCACCCUCCCUUCCAGGAUUUUCCACCCUCAAUUCCCAGGAUUUUCCACCCUCUUUUCCAGGGAUUUUCCUGCUUCAUUUCCCAAGAUUUUUAAUUUUUUUCCUCCAUUUUCCACCCUCUUUUCCUAGGAUUUUCUGCUCUCAAUCCCCAAUAUUUCCCCCUCUUUUCCCAAUAUUUUCCACCCUCAAUUCCCAGGAUUUUCUUCCCUCCCUUCCAGGAUUU